CUGGCCCCGCCGGCCCCGCCGCCGCUCCCGUCCCGUCCCGUCCCGUCCCGCCGCUCCCCGGCAAAGUUCGGCUGCAGCAGCAGCGGCGGCCGCGGCCCAGCCCGCGCCUCACGGACACCGCCCCGGGGAGGCCGCCUGCUCCGCGCCGGGAAAUAAUACAGCUCAUCAGUUGCAAUAACUGCUUUGGAUGUUCACUGACAUUUAUUUGGAAAAAGCCAAAUAACUAAAAAACCCAACAGACAAAAUCCUACGAAUUUUUUGAAGACUUGUGUCAAAUGACGUCAAUGGCCAGUUUGUUCUCCUUUACUAGCCCAGCUGUAAAGCGUCUGUUGGGCUGGAAACAAGGAGAUGAAGAGGAAAAAUGGGCAGAAAAAGCUGUUGACGCUUUGGUAAAAAAGCUGAAAAAGAAAAAGGGUGCUAUGGAAGAACUGGAGAAAGCCUUGAGCAGUCCAGGGCAGCCCAGCAAGUGCGUGACUAUCCCCCGCUCUUUAGAUGGACGGCUGCAGGUUUCUCACAGAAAAGGCCUUCCCCAUGUGAUCUACUGCCGUGUGUGGCGCUGGCCGGAUCUGCAGAGCCAUCAUGAGCUGAAGCCCUUGGAUAUUUGUGAAUUUCCUUUUGGAUCCAAACAAAAGGAAGUCUGCAUCAAUCCAUACCACUACAAGAGGGUGGAGAGCCCAGUUCUACCUCCAGUGUUAGUGCCUAGACAUAGUGAAUUCAACCCCCAGCACAGUCUGCUAGUUCAGUUCAGGAACCUCAGCCACAACGAGCCCCACAUGCCACACAAUGCGACGUUUCCGGACUCCUUCCAGCAGCCCAACAGCACUCCAUUCUCCAUCUCGCCAAACAGCCCCUACCCCCCUUCUCCAGCCAGCAGCACUUACCCGAGCUCCCCAGCCAGCUCUGGGCCAUCCAGUCCCUUUCAGCUUCCAGCUGAUACUCCACCUCCUGCAUAUAUGCCCCCUGAUGAACAAAUGGGACAGGAUAAUUCACAGUCUAUGGACACAAGCAAUACUAUGAUCCCUCAGAUCAUGCCAAAUAUAUCUACCAGAGAUGUUCAGCCCGUUGCCUAUGAAGAACCCAAACACUGGUGCUCCAUUGUGUAUUAUGAGUUAAAUAACCGUGUUGGGGAGGCUUUCCAUGCAUCUUCCACAAGUGUCUUAGUAGAUGGGUUUACAGAUCCCUCCAAUAACAAGAACAGGUUCUGCUUAGGUUUGCUCUCCAACGUCAACCGCAACUCAACGAUCGAGAACACUCGACGGCACAUUGGCAAAGGUGUUCAUCUCUACUAUGUUGGUGGAGAAGUCUAUGCCGAGUGUUUAAGUGAUAGCAGCAUAUUUGUACAGAGCAGGAACUGCAACUACCACCAUGGCUUUCAUCCAACAACUGUAUGCAAGAUUCCCAGUGGAUGCAGUCUGAAAAUUUUUAACAAUCAGGAGUUUGCUCAGCUUUUAGCUCAGUCUGUCAAUCAUGGAUUUGAAGCAGUAUAUGAGCUCACCAAAAUGUGCACCAUUCGAAUGAGUUUUGUAAAGGGCUGGGGAGCUGAAUAUCACCGGCAGGAUGUCACGAGCACCCCGUGCUGGAUAGAAAUUCAUCUUCAUGGGCCCCUUCAGUGGCUGGAUAAAGUACUUACACAAAUGGGUUCUCCUCUUAAUCCCAUCUCAUCUGUUUCAUAGUGCUGAAAUUCCAUCUUCAGCCGUAUUUUUAGUGAACUUAUUCUAAUUCUAGAGAAACUUCCAGUGGAUACUGUGAGCUAUAUGGGGAAUGGAUCUUAUGAUUUAACUUUUUUUUUUAGAUCCCUUUGUGACCAAUUCCAUUGUGUAUAGCUAAUCAGUUUUACAUUUCAAAUUGUUUUUGUGAUGCUUAAGUGACAGUUGAGCCCUAAUGGAAAAAACAGUCUAUUGAAAAAUUCAGAACACUUUUCCCCUUCUUCCCCUUAAAACUUAAACAGACAAGUGUCUUAACUGGAAAACCUUUUUGUCCUGUAGGGACAAGAAUUAAUGAAGACUGACUUCAGAAAAUAAAUACAUAUCAUAAUUUGGGAUUUUUUUAUGUGUUUUAAUGAAACUGUUUGAACAUGUGCAGCUCCAGCUUGCAAGCUGUAUUUUUAGUUUAGUGUUUUAACAUCUUAAGGUUGACAUCUGUCAUAAGCAAAAUUAGACUUUAUUAUGGCUAAUUUGCCUCAGAUUGAACAAUGUGAUUUUUUUUUUAAUGUACACAUGAAAUAUACUUUUUACAAAUAUUGGAGUGGUGUAAAAACACUUGUAUUUUCUAUUGGAAAAUGCUGUCAUAAACACAUUGUAUAUUAAUGCAGAAUAGCAGUUCUUAUCCUUUUCCCACUUUGGUUUUGUAAUAUUUCUUUUAACCACCUUUUAAAGUAGUAAUUGAUCCAGGGUUAAACAUCCUGCACGGUUCUGGAGUAGUGAUUCUUGUUUUGCUUUGAUUUACACUCAUGCCGUUUGGAUUUGGUUGCCAAGGCUAUUUCUUUUUAGGUACCUUUCUCUAUUUUAACAUAAACACUACUAUUUGUAAAUGGCAGUGCUUACUACUUUUUGGAAGGAAUACAUUUUUUGUUUUCUUUUUGGUGUUCUAGCUGUUUAUUUUACCUGUCUGGAAUUGAUCUGUGUUAGGCCUUUUUAGUCUCUCAGUAGACAUUAUGCAGUAUUAGUGAUUACACUGUAUUUAAUUCACUUUCAAGUAUGAGUUUUGAGAGUCUUUGAAGACUGUGAGUGGCUUAGCAAAUGAGUAACUGAAUGCAGAAGCUUUUACUUCCAGAUCAUGUAUUUAAUUCAGACCUGUUGGUAAUGACCAAAAGUAAUCACUUCUUUGUAGCCUGCCUGAAACAGUGCUCUUGAUCCUGUCCCUGAUGGCAGGGCUUUAAUCAGAAGACUUGUAGCUGUGGUUGGCAUUUUUAUGGGAUUGAAGGACUGUGUUAAUAUGACAAUGCAAUGUCUCUCUCACAUCUAAAGAAUGUUAAGGGUUGGAAGGGAUCGUAAAGAUCUCCCAGUGCCAACCCCCCUUUCCAUGGGCAGGGACACCUCCCACCAGACCAGGUUGCUCCAGCCCUUCUCCAACCUGGCCUUGAACACUACCAGGGUUGGGGCACCCACAGCCUCUUUGGGCAGCCUGUGCCAGUGCCUUAUCAGCCUCACAGUAAAGAAUUUCUUCUGUAUGUCUAAGCUAAAUUUGCCCUCUUUCAAUUUGGACCUGUUAUUCCUUGUCCUGUUGCUACAGUUCCAGACAAAGAGUCCCUCUCCAGCUUCCCUGUAGCCCCUUUAGAUCCUGGAAGGUUCCCAUGAGGUCUCCACUCAGCCUUCCUUCUCCAGGCUGAACAGCCUCAACUUUUUCAGCCUCUUUGCAGGGGAGGUGCUCCAGUCCUCUUACCAGAACUGUGACUCGGACUUGCUCCAGCAGUUCAUCUCCUCCUUACGCUGGGGGCUCAGAGCUGUGCUCAGCACUGCGGGUGGGCUCUCCCAAGAGCAGAGCAGAGGGGGCAGUGCCCUCCUCACCCUGCUGCCCACAUUCCUUGGGAUGCAGCCCAGGAUUCUGUUGGUUUUCUAGGCUGGGAGUGCUCAGUGCCAGUUCAUGGUGAGCUUCUCACCACCAUCACCCCCAAGUUGUUCUCUGCAGGGCUGCUCUCAGUCACUUCUCUGCCCAACCUGUGGGUAUGUCUGGGAUUGCUGGGGCCCAGCUGGGAGCUUGCACUUGGCUUGGUUGAACUUAAUGAUGUUUGCAUUUGGCAAAGUAGAGAAUUUAAACACUGCACUGAACACUAAAAUCAGUUACAUAUAUGCAUAUUUCUGUCCUUUAUAUCAUAAAGAAGAGGCUGAGAGAAACAUCUUAAGAGAAUUAGAAGUGAACUAUGUACAAAAUUUUGCAUGCAGAAAGACCUUAUUGUAUUUUCUAAACUCACCUUGCUUUUUCUCUUUCCUGAACACCUCUUCAGAAAAGAGCAGUGUUUGGAGGAGAGGCUGAAAACUAAUAGGCAAAUACUUAUUAAAAUAUGCGUUGCAGUUAAUUACUGCAAUCCUGAGAAACUUAUUUUUUAAACAAGUUCUUGUGUCUUCUGUUGAAUGACAGUUUCUCCUCAAAUGUGGAAAUCGUGCAUUGUAUGGUACCUAAAUAACAAAUUAUCUUAGAGGAUUAAAAAUUGUUUACGUGUCAUUAAAAUGUUUUUUAUGAAUUGCCUUAAAGGAAUAAACUGUAACACUUCUGCAGAACCCUAA